UUUCUUUUCUUUGUUGGUGACAUGAUUAGGUACGGCUCACCAUGAUUGCAAGAAUGGCCAAACCCGAAGAGGUUCUAGUGGUUGAAAACGAUCAAGGUGAAGUUGUCAGGGAAUUCAUGAAGGAUACAGAUGCUAUCAACCUCUACAAGAAUAUGAGGGAAACCUUAGUUUACCUCACCCAUUUGGAUUAUCAAGACACCGAGAGAAUAAUGACUGAAAAAUUACAGAAUCAAGUGAAUGGCACUGAAUGGUCGUGGAAGAAUCUCAACACGGUUUGUUGUGAUUUAUUCAGAGAUUUUUAUACUAGCAGUAUUAUGAAAAAAGAUAUUUAG